GUAGGUGAUAUAUAUAUGUAUGUACAUAGCAUCUUCCCCACCAUUUCCUUCGUUUUGGUCCCUAUGUUAUUUUCGUUUCACAAUUGAAAGAAAAGAAACCCUAAUCGACCCUUUUCUUGAUCCGUAGAGAGAGAAACUCCUCACAAUUUUCCAUGGAACUGAAAACAGUUCUAUUUCUUGCGUUUGUACUUUUCACAGUCCUCUGUUCUUCGCCGGCCUAUGCUGGCGACAUAGUCCACCAAGACCCUCUUGCCCCAAGAAAGCCUGGCUGUAUGAACAACUUCGUUCUGGUAAAAAUCCCAACUUUAGUUGAUGGUGUAGAAGGUGAUGAGUUUGUUGGGGUUGGUGCUCGAUUUGGACCUACAUUAGAAUCAAAGGAGAAGCAUGCUAACCACACCAGACUUACCCUUGCAGAUCCUCCUGAUUGUUGCAGCAAACCCAAAAAUAAGCUUACAGGCGAGGUCAUCCUGGUACACCGGGGUAACUGCAGUUUCACAACCAAGGCAAAUGUUGCAGAAGCUGCUGGUGCUACAGCCAUCCUCAUUAUAAAUAAUCGUACAGAACUUUUUAAGAUGGUAUGUGAAGCCAAUGAAACUGAUAUAGAUAUAGAAAUACCUGCCGUCAUGCUCCCACAAGAUGCUGGUGCAAGCUUGGAAGAAAGUAUUAGGAACAAAUCCGCUGUUUCUGUGCAGCUAUACUCUCCAAAGCGUCCGCUGGUUGACGUAGCUGAAGUGUUUUUAUGGCUUAUGGCUGUUGGUACCAUCUUAGGUGCAUCUUAUUGGUCUGCAUGGAGUGCUAGAGAAGCAGCUAUUGAGCAGGAUAAGCUUUUAAAGGAUGCAUCAAAUGAUCUUUUAACUACAGAUGGCACUGGUUCUACUGGCGUGGUGGACAUUAAUACGACAUCAGCAAUUCUUUUCGUUGUGGUUGCUUCAUGUUUCUUGGUUAUGCUUUACAAGCUAAUGUCACGCUGGUUCAUUGAAAUUUUGGUGGUUCUAUUCUGCAUUGGCGGGGUAGAGGGUCUGCAAACUUGUUUGGUGGCUUUGUUAUCAAGUUUCAGAUGGUUUGAACAUGCUGCACAAUCGUUCGUUAAGCUACCCUUCUUUGGAGCUGUCUCAUAUCUGACUAUUGCUGUUUCUCCAUGCUGCAUAGCACUUGCUGUCGUUUGGGCAGUUUGCCGCCGUGAUUCAUUUGCUUGGAUAGGUCAAGAUAUCCUUGGUAUUGCAUUGAUUAUAACAGUUCUGCAGAUUAUUCGUGUUCCUAAUCUCAAGGUUGGAACUGUUCUCCUCAGUUGUGCAUUUCUGUAUGACAUUUUUUGGGUGUUUGUUUCUAAAUGGUGGUUCCAUGAGAGUGUCAUGAUAGUGGUAGCUCGUGGUGGUAAGAGUGGAGAAGAUGGCAUUCCAAUGCUACUGAAAAUCCCACGAAUGUAUGAUCCUUGGGGUGGUUACAGCAUUAUUGGAUUUGGUGACAUCAUCUUACCUGGACUGCUAGUCGCAUUUUCGCUGAGGUAUGAUUGGCUGUCAAAGAAGAAUCUUCGAGCUGGAUACUUCUUGUGGGCAAUGAUUGCCUAUGGCUUAGGUCUCCUCAUCACAUACGUGGCUCUGAAUUUGAUGGAUGGACAUGGCCAACCAGCGUUGCUCUACAUUGUUCCUUUCACACUAGGGACGUUUUUGACAUUGGGAAGGAAGAGAGGUGAUCUUAAGCAUCUGUGGACAAGAGGAGAACCAGAAAGGCCUUGCCCGCAUAUCCAACUCCAACCUUCUCAGUAGAUAAAAACAUGGACAACGUGUUAACUGUAAUUGAAAAUCAGUAACCUUUAAAAAAAAAACCAGAUAGGCAGACCCACCUUUAUAAAGCAGAGAUUAAAUAUGUACUAUAAUACUACAUGUUAGCACAAACCACCUGCCUCAUGCCAUGCAUGUGUUUGGUUAAA